AUGGAAGCCUUUCCAUGGCUGCUCCUCCUGCUGCUCCCAGAAGCCAAAGCAUUCUCUGGAGAUGGUGCUGAUCCUGAGGAAGUAGUUGCAGUCCUUCAGGAGUCAAUUAGCUUCCCUCGGAGAAGUGAAGAAGUUGAGAGCAUCAUCUGGUCCUCACAGAAAAGCAUCAGUAUAGUGACGCCAGGGAACAAAGGUCAGCCAGCGUCCAUCUUGGUGAUGGACCCCUACCAGGGCUGAGUGAGCUUUUUGGAGCCCAUCUACUCUCUUUAUAUUAGCAAUCUGGCCUGGGAGGACUCAGGACUUUAUCAAGCUCACGUCAACCUGAGGAUGUCCUCAUUCUCUAUCAUACAACAUUAUAAUCUACAUGUCUAUCUCACUGUGAAUAUUGAGAUCUCUGGGGAAGAUCACUGUGAUGUGUUCCUGACAUGUUCUGUAGAGACAGCGGGCAUGGAUGUGACCUACAGCUGGCUCUCAUCAGGGGACAGCAGUGCUAUGGUGCAGGAAGGCCUGGUCCUCAACACAUCCUGGAGUCCUGGUGAAAAUGCUCUUUCCUAUACAUGCAGGGCCAGCAACCCCAUCAGCAACAUCAGUUCCCAUUCCAUCCCUUCUGGGCUCUUCUGUGCAGAUUCUGGAUAUCCUGAAAAGUCUUCAAUGGCUUUCUGUUUCCUAGCCAAGGGAUUGCUCCUCCUCCUGCUCCUAGUCACAACGCUCUGCGCUCUUUGGGUCCAGAAAAAAUGUGCAAAGAUAAGAAUAAGGAAAAUCAAAAGAAACAGAAUGAAACUGGAAGAAGAAGCCUAUUCCCAGCCUGGCCUGACUGCCUCCUGGGGUCCUUUGUCCUAG